AUGUCAUCCCGUAGCUCUGGGGUGGCCCUGGGGCUCAGCUCCCCACUGCCUGUGCAAAGGAAUUCCUUCCCAGCACUGCAUCUCCUCCCACCACGGAGCCGCUCGCUCGCCCUGCUCAGCCAGGAGGACUUCUUCGAGAGCUUCAGUGGGAGCUUCUGUGACACGAGUGAUGUUUUGGGGGCUGAUCUGUUGGACUGCAACUGCUCCAUCGCUGACCCACAGCUGGUCCGGAGGAUCGUGUCCCAGGUGGAGUUCUACCUUUCUGAUGAGAACCUGGCCAAGGAUGCUUUCCUCCUGAAACAUGUCCAGAAAAACAAGAUGGGCUUUGUCAGCAUCAAACUGCUGACAUCCUUCAAGAAGGUGAAAUACCUGACGCGUGACUGGCGGCUCACGCUCUACGCCCUGAGGUUCUCAGAGCUGCUGGAAGUGAAUGGGGAGGGCACCAAAGUGAGACGGCGUGUCCCCAUCCCCGAGUCCCUGCUGAGCAUCCCCCCCAGUAAACUCCUGCUGGCCUGGGACCUGCUGGCCCAAGAGCAGGACAUGCUGCUGCCACUCCAGAAGAAUUUCCUUGAGACCAUCACAAGGAUGUUCAGCCCCUUCGGUGCCAUCGUCUCCAUCCGCAUCCUGCGGCCGGGCCGUAAGCUGCCCUCGGACGUACGGAAAUACACGUCGCGCUCCCUGGCGUUGGAUGGUCCCCUGAUGUCACCAUCCCUCCUCCUGCCCAAGGACCCCUUGGCACCCACCUGGCACAGUGGUGACUUCAAGCCCAGCAACUUCAGCAGCACCUUCACUGGAUCGCUCCUCACCAGCAAAGUCUUCCCCCCGCUGGAGGCUGCCCUGGGCACCGACAGCAGCUCCAGCACCAAGAGCCCCCAUGGCUGCGGUUGGGGGAGUGGGGUGGGUAUCUGGGCACCUUGGCACAGCAGCUCCUCUCCAGAUUCCAAACCUCCUCCUGGCAAUCCCGCAGCAGCCAAGUGGGUGACCGAACCCCUCAACCUGCAGGAUGGGGCCCUUCGCCAGCCCCAUGGCCCUGAUGGCACCUGGGGAUGCUGCAGCAGCACUGGGAGAGGAGAGCUCGUCCUCCAGCACUGA